AUGUUUGAGAGUCCACUCGUCGACUCGUAUGACCCAGAGCUCCAACUCACUACAACACAGACUUUCAGGAAACUACUGUCCAAAGAACCCAAUCCACCUAUUGACGAGGUCAUCAACACCCCAGGCAUUGUAGAGAGGUUUGUAGAGUUCCUCAAGAUGAGCGUCAACUGCACAUUACAGUUCGAGGCAGCCUGGGCCCUGACCAACAUAGCAUCAGGUACGUCCAUGCAGACUAACAUAGUAAUCGAGGCAGGAGCAGUACCCAUCUUUAUAGAACUUCUCAACUCGGACUUUGAAGAUGUUCAGGAACAGUGUCUAGACUGUUGUUCAGCAGUGAUUCAGAUCUGUUAGCAGACGCCUGCUGGGCUCUGUCCUACCUCUCUGAUGGACCCAACGAGAAGAUCCAGGCUGUCAUCGACUCCGGCGUCUGCAGGCGCCUCGUAGAGCUGCUCAUGCACACAGACUACAARGUGGCGUCUCCUGCUCUGAGAGCAGUGGGGAACAUCGUUACUGGUGACGACAUCCAGACACAGGUGGUGUUGAACUGUUCAGCCCUGCCCUGUCUGCUCCACCUGCUGAGUAGUCCUAAAGAGUCCAUCCGGAAAGAAGCCUGCUGGACCAUCUCUAACAUCACAGCUGGCAACAGGGCUCAGAUACAGACGGUGAUCGACGCCAACAUCUUCCCUGUGCUGAUCGACAUCCUGCAGAAGGCGGAGUUUCGAACCAGGAAGGAAGCAGCCUGGGCCAUCACUAACGCCACCUCUGGAGGAACACCAGAACAGAUCAGGUACCUGGUGAACCUGGGCUGUAUCAAGCCUCUGUGUGACCUGUUGACAGUGAUGGACAGUAAGAUAGUCCAGGUGGCUCUGAACGGUCUGGAGAACAUUCUGCGACUGGGAGACCAAGAGGCCAAGCAGGAUGCAGGACCCAGYGGMACYGGCAUCAACCCCUACUGCUCUCUCAUAGAGGAGGCCUAUGGUCUGGAUAAGAUCGAGUUUCUUCAGAGUCAUGAGAACCAAGAGAUCUACCAGAAGGCCUUUGAUCUGAUAGAGCACUACUUUGGAGUGGAGGAGGAGGACCAGAGYCUGGCUCCUCAGGUGGACCAGGCCAACCAGCAGUUCCUCUUCCCCCAGCAGGAGGCACCCAUGGAGGGCUUCCAGCUAUAACAUCCUCCCUUCCCUUUGGUUCAUCCAAAACAUCACUCAUAUACCCAUGGAUCCCAUUGGAAGGCUUUCAGUUAACUUCUUCCCCCAUAUCCCCUACCAAUGGGAGAGUUCUGAGGUAAAUU